AGGGUUUCCUUCCAGACCCGACAAUGAAUCGCCUCCUUCCAGGAGCCGUGGGGGCCGACAACGCACAGAAACGUGGUCGUCAGACCCCGAUGGAGUUUUCCAACAUGAUGGCUCUGAUGGGAGCCGGCCGGGUCCAACUGGGAGCCACAGGACCCCUCUCUCUGCACCACCACGCCCACUUCCAAACCACCCCAGCCCAUGGCUCCGCCUUGCAAUACAUGCCGUUCCCCACCGCGGCGGCUGCAGCCACUGCCGCCACCACCUCCGGCACCCUUCUCCAUCCAGGACUGGGCCACCCCAGCUACGCCGGCGCCCCCUUGCAUCUGGGCCACCCUCAGCGCGUGGAUGAAGACGAGGAGGAAGACGAGAUGGACGACUUGUCUCAGGGCUACGCCAGCUCGGAACGGGACUUUUCAUUGCUGGACGACGACCCCAUGAUGCCAGCCAACUCCGACUCCAGCGAUGAAGGAGAGGAGGAAGGAGAAGACUGAACUGAAGUCCGGAGGGCAGACGGACGGAUUCCGACAAGGCCAGCUCCUUCCCCGAGGGGGCUAGCCAUCCUCAUGACAUUGAAUUUGAAAGGCCAGAGAACUCGGGGAGUCCCGUCGGGGGUGUGGGGGGGAGCGUCGAGCAGACAAGGCUCCUUUUCGUCCCCACGUCGGUUGCCCGGAGGACAAAACAGGGUCCUUCAAAAACCCCAGCGAGGGGUGGAAAUAAUGGGGGUGGGGGGGAAAGCGACUUGCCUCCCAGGGCUUCUUAAUUUUGAGAAAGGAAAAGAAAGAGAAAAUUGUCGGCCAGGUUAGCAGAUCCGCCCUCUCUUCCUGCAGCACUUGGAACUGUCGCCCGAGAACGUGUCUCCGUGGCUG